AUGUCCUCGGAUAAAGACUACCAAACCUACAAUCUAGGCAACUUCAAGCUCAAAUCUGGAAGUGAAAUACCAGAUGCUUUCAUCGCAUACAAGACACUAGGUGACCCUUCGUUGCCAGCCGUAAUCUAUCCAACAUGGUAUUCUGGAACGAUAUCCGACAAUGUCUGGCUCACUGGCGCAGGUAAAACCCUCGAUCCUUCCAAAUACUACAUUAUCAUGCCUGCUCUGUUUGGCAAUGGCCAAUCCUCCUCACCAUCAAACAUGCCAGCUCUACGUCCCUUCCCAGAAGUACUAUUCUAUGACAACGUGCGCGCGCAACAUGAGCUUGUGACGAAGCACUUGGGCAUCAAGCAUGCUCGUGCAGUACUCGGAUGGUCCAUGGGUGCUGGGCAGACGUAUCAAUGGGCCACACAGUUUCCCGACUUCAUGGACCUCGCCGUGCCGUUUUGUGGAAGCGCAAAGACCAGCCUGCACAACCAGGUCUUCCUGGAGGGUGUCAAAAGCAGUCUUUACGCUGCACUAGGUACGAGCUCAGCAGGCGUUACGAAACCAGAUCUAUACACAGCCCAAGGAAAGAAAGUGACUUUUUCGUCUGAGACACGAGAAGCCGGCCUCAAGGCCCUUGGGCGCGUUUACGCUGGUUGGGGUUUCUCCCAAAGCUUCUAUCGCGAGAAGUUGUAUCAGAGUGCCCCGACACUUGGAUACAAGGACUUGGAUGACUUCCUUGUCAACUUUUGGGAGUCAUGGGCGCUGUCGAAAGAUCCAGAAAAUAUGCUCACAAUGGCGCACACAUGGCAAGCUGGAGAUUGCUCACAACAAGAUCCGUAUAACGGUGACUUCAAGAAGGCCAUGCAGGCUAUCAAGGCAAAAACGUUGGUUCUCCCAGCGAAAACAGAUCUCUACUUCCCACCGGAGGAUUCUGAGAUUGAAGUUCAGAACAUGAAGCCUGGCGUAGGAACACUGAAGGUUUUUCCAUCCAUUUGGGGCCAUUGGGCUGGUGGACCUGGGCAGUCAACAGAGGACGUCAAAUGGCUGGAUGAGCAAUUGAAGGCUUUCUUUGCUGAGAACUGA